AUGUCGUAACCAACCAGCUAAACGUCAAAUCAAAAGCGUAGUGCUAAAUAAUAUUAUUUAAAUUUAAUAUUAUUAUGGGCGACGACAAUUCAAAUUCCAGUAAAAAAUGUGAUACAAAUAAGUGUAAUGUUUUAAUAAUUGGCGGCGGCAUGGCCGGUCUGGCUGCCGCCAAUGAACUUAUCAAAAAUGGUAUGGACGACUUUAGAAUAUUAGAAGCGAGGAAACGAAUCGGUGGUAGGAUUAUUUCUAUUCCACUAAAAAACCACGAAGUGGAGUUGGGGGCGAACUGGAUUCAUGGAGUUCUCGGUAACCCGAUAUUCGAUAUAGCUAUGGCUAAUGGUCUAGUGAACAUAAUAAAUAUACCUAAGCCGCACAAAGUGAUAGCGGCGACUGAGGACGGCAAACAGGUGCCGUUUGGUGUGCUGCACGAGAUCCAUGAGGCGUACGUGGUGUUCUUGCGACGCUGCGAGGAGUACUUCCUGUGCCAGUACCUGCCCCCUCCAGAUAUUCAUAGUGUUGGAGAGCAUAUUAACCUGGAGGCCACCAUAUACCUUGAGCGUCUUCCUGACUCUGAAGAGAAAAAACUCCGCCGGCUCAUAUUUGACUGCUUGUUAAAACGGGAAACAUGUAUAUCAGGUUGCAACAGCAUGGAUGAAAUAGAUCUUUUAGAAUUAGGCAGCUACACAGAACUUCAAGGUGGCAACAUCAUGAUCCCUAAAGGUUACAGCUCUAUAUUACAACCUAUGUUAAAAAAUAUUCCACCUGAAAAAAUAAUAUCCAAUCACCCAGUAAAAAAAAUUGUUUGGGAUUCCAACCAGCACAGUAUGCGGCCUGAAGAUUUAGGAGAGGAGUCAGAAGACUCAGACCAGACGGUGAUAGAAGAUAUAACUAAGACCUCUGCCUCCGAGUCUAUGGUUAACCCUAGUGAAGGAAGUUUAAUGUCUGAAAAUGCGCACAAACCAAAGAAAAAAAAUGGACAUUAUGUUGAAGUUACCUGUGAGAAUGGAGAGACUUAUUUUGCUAAUCAUGUGAUAUGUACAAUACCCCUUGGUGUGCUCAAAGAGACUGCCAAGGAUCUCUUCCAGCCUUCGUUGCCUCAGUACAAAAUGGAAUCAAUAGAAAGACUGCUAUUUGGCACUGUCAAUAAAAUAUUUUUGGAAUAUGAGAGACCAUUCUUAAAUCCUGAUAUUACUGAAAUAAUGUUGUUAUGGGAGAGUCCAACUACACCUGAAGACAUUGCCGAGUCGUGGUAUAAGAAGAUUUACUCAUUUAGUAAAGUAACUGAAACCUUGUUGCUGGGCUGGGUGUCAGGGCGAGAGGCUGAAUAUGUGGAGACAUUGACUAUGGAUCAAGUUGCGGCAGCUUGCACAAACAUUUUAAGGAAAUUCUUGAAUGAUCCCUUUGUACCAGAGCCACAUAAAUGUGUAUGUACAAGUUGGAACAAGCAGCCCUACACGCGAGGCUCAUACACGGCUCUGGCUGUAGGUUCCAGUCAGACAGAUAUUGAGAGUUUAGCGCAGCCAUUAUUCAGGAAUGUUCGUGAUAAAAAGCCGACGCUGGUGUUUGCGGGCGAGCACACGCACAGCAGCUACUACUCCACUGUGCACGGCGCGUACCUGUCGGGGCAGGCGGCCGCGCGGCGCCUGGCCGCGCCCGAGCCGCCCGCCGAGCGCCGGCUCGAGGCCGACCUCGCCGCCUGGAUAGAGGGCAUACAGCUAACGUAA